UUAGAAUUCAUCCAGAAGUUGGGUUAUCUUCUCCCUUUUACAUUUUCUCAUAGAAAGGAGAGAACUCAAAAAAGAGGAAUCAUCCAACUUCUUCUCUUGUUCUUUUAUUUUUCUUGUUAAUCUUCACUUGUCUUUGUCAAGUAACCGCAAAAGCGGACGAUUCCGAGGCUAAGCUUUACAUCGUCUACUUGGGUCACAAGCCACAUGAUGACCAUAAACUUAUCACCGAUUCACAUCAUGACAUUUUAGGUCAAGUGGCAGGGAGCAAGGAAGAAGCCAAAAAACUGAUGGUGUAUAGCUAUAGACAUGGCUUCUCUGGGUUUGCUGCUAAGCUCACUGCUUGUCAGGCCAAACAAAUUGGAGAAUUACCUGGUGUGGUUCGAGUUAUACAAAAUCGUGUUUACGAGACUCAUACAUCAAGGAGUUGGGAUUUUUUGGGUCUUUCUAAGAAUAACCCCAACAAUCUUCUGAACAAAACAAACCAGGGUGAUGGAAUAAUCAUUGGCGUUUUAGAUUCAGAUGGCGAGAACGCGCGCUUCCUUAUCCACUGCUCAGCAGCCCGAGCCCCAGCAGUAGCUCCCGCGAGGAGCAUAGUAGGCCGAGGUCGUGCUAGAGGCCGAGGUAGGGGUAGAGCUCAGCCCCGAGCAGUAGCCUCAGUAGUGGAGCCUUAGGUUGACUUUGAUAAUGAGGUUCCAGCCCCAGUAGCUCCGGUGGGCCCAGCUCAGGUCCCAGAGGGGUUUAUUGCUACCUAGUUCUUCAGGAUGCUCUUGUCCGA